CUCCCCCGUCAUAACAGCAAGUCCCCAGACUACUUCUUUUCGGUUCGUCCGUAUACAUAUAUACUCUGUUUCUUGCGGCCUUCGAACUCAAUCGAACUUCAUUAUUCAUAAUUGAGCUCCAAACUCUCCUUCGUCUGUCACGACACGAACCAAUAUGGCCGCUGCAACCGCGUUAACACUUUGUUUCACUAGGAAGGCCUUCAUUCGUCUCAAGCCUGCCUCCAUGCCGCUCCCGGGUCGUCUGCCUCUUAAGGCAACUUUUAGGAGCAAUUCUGGUCGGAGGAAGAGCCCCCGAAGAAUAUGCAUGGCGAUGGAGGAGAGAGUAGUUGAAGAUGAAGCUCGUCCCGUCGAGUUUGUGGAUGAAAAGGUUCAUCCUCGGGCAGUCGAAAUCUCAUCGAGGGUGGCAGAGAGAUCAGCGAGGAAAGAGGCAGAGAGGUUUAAUUACCUGGUCGCCGCGAUCAUGUCCAGCCUCGGGAUAAGCUCUCUGGCCGUUAUGUCCGUUUAUUACAGAUUCUCCUGGCAGAUGGAGGGAGGAGAUGUUCCAAUUGUUGAGAUGUUCGGGACUUUCGCGCUCUCUAUCGGAGCUGCAGUAGGGAUGGAGUUCUGGGCGAGGUGGGCUCACAGGGCACUUUGGCACGCUUCUCUUUGGCACAUGCACGAGUCUCACCAUCGACCAAGGGAUGGGCCGUUCGAGUUGAACGAUGUGUUUGCGAUAAUAAAUGCGGUCCCUGCGAUUGCUCUGCUCUCCUAUGGGUUCUUCAACAAGGGCCUGGUCCCCGGCCUCUGUUUCGGAGCCGGUCUAGGAAUUACAGUGUUUGGGAUGGCCUACAUGUUCGUGCACGAUGGCCUGGUCCACCGACGGUUUCCGGUCGGACCAAUUGCCGACGUUCCCUACUUGAGAAGAGUAGCCGCGGCUCACCAGCUACAUCACUCUGAUAAAUUCGACGGUGUGCCUUAUGGAUUAUUCUUGGGACCAAAGGAGCUAGAAGAGGUCGGUGGCACAGAAGAACUGGAUAAGGAGAUCCGAAGAAGGAUUAAGGCGUCCGAGCGGUCCAUCAAUCGAUCCCGAUAAUUGGGAAUUUGUCCAAUUAACGUACACAUACAAUUAGAAUAGGCGAUUGCUCAUUGACGUCUCCUCUGCUAUUCUACCCCGAAAAAGGAAUGUUUUGUAUAGAUGCACGGUUACCUUGUUUUUACGAAUACCAUACAGUUGCUUUGGCACUAUUAUAUAAAUGGUUAAUUACUUAAAAAAGUACAACA